AAUUGCUAUGAAUAGAGGAAACCGCAGUUAACAAAAAACAAUUAUUUCAUUUGACUAGUUCCGGAAAUUUUCGCGGGAAUUCGUUGUUCAAAAUCAUUUCAUUUGUUUGAAUAAAAAGAAACAAAAGAACGUGCAGUGCAAAGGAGCAGUGGAGAGGUGCAGCAUCUGCGAAAAAAAUUGUUCUGCGGUAAUAAUAAACGCUAUUUUCUCGACGAUUGUGAGAGCAUCGACGUGUUUUCAGGAUUUACUAGAAAAAACGACUAGCUAGACGUUACAAGAUGUCGUUGAUUCCGUUCCUUUUCGAAGAGUUGGAGCGUCCUCGCCGCUUGAUGGACCAACAUUUCGGCUUGGGGUUGACUCCUGAUGACUUGCUGUCCGUCGUAGCCGGUCCUAUGGUGAACCGUGAGUACUACCGGCCUUGGCGUCACAUGGCGGCGGCUGCGAGAGACCUGGGAUCAAGUAUCAAGUCUGAUAAAGACAAGUUUCAAGUCAACUUGGAUGUCCAGCACUUCGCGCCCGAUGAGAUCUGUGUGAAAACUGUGGACGGGUUUAUCGUCGUUGAGGGGAAACAUGAGGAGAAAAAGGAUUCGCACGGGUAUAUUUCCCGUCAGUUUACUCGACGCUACUCUUUGCCUGAAGAGUGUCCUCCAGAAAACGUAGAGUCAAGGCUCUCGUCUGACGGUGUGCUUUCUAUCAUCGCUACGAGGAAAGUUCCUCUCGCGGUCCAAGGUGAGAGGAAAAUCCCAGUGACUCAGACUGGCCCAGUACGCAAGGAAGUGAAAGACCAAGCGAAUGGCGACAAAGCCGACCAAUAAAAUUUCUU